GCUGGACCUGCACCAAAUUCUAAUACAAAUGUUCAUAAUGCUUGUAAACAAUAUUUUGAUGAUGUUGGACUUACAAAUGGAUUUUUAGAUGUAGCAUGUGAUGGUGCUAUAUUUCAAAGACUUAUUUCUUUGUGUGAAAUACAUCCAGAAAUAUGA